CACCCAAGACUCUUCAAGAAAGUUCACUCCUCAGCCCUAUUCCCCACCACAAACCCUAACCCUAACCCAAAUCCAAGCUUUCUUCGUCUCUCUCUCCGAACCAAACAUGUCGCACUUCGGAAGGACAGGCCCUCCGGACAUCGCAGACACCUAUUCGCUCCUCGUCCUCAACAUUACCUUCCGGACGACUGCGGAUGAUUUAUUCCCGUAUUUUGAUAAGUAUGGCAAGGUCGUGGAUAUCUUCAUCCCCAGGAAUCGGAGGACUGGUGACUCAAGGGGCUUUGCAUUUGUGCGGUACAAAUACGCUGAUGAGGCACAGAAAGCAGUGGAAAGGCUAGAUGGAAAAGUUGUCGAUGGUCGAGAGAUAACAGUUCAGUUUGCAAAAUACGGGCCAAAUGCAGAGCGGAUUCACAAAGGGAGGAUUAUCGAAUCAUUACCAAAGUCAAGAAGUCGCAGUCCUCAGAGAAGGUCCCGGGAUGACUACAGAGAUCGUGAUUACAGGAGAAGAAGCCGCAGUCGAAGUUUUGAUAGGUAUGAUCGUGACAGGUAUGGGAAGGACAGGGAUUAUCGUCGCCGGAGCAGGAGCCGCAGUGCGAGUCCUGAUUACUAUAGGGCCCGAGGAAGAGGCCGUUAUGAUGAUGAGCGCCAAAGCCGAAGCCGAAGUCGAUCAAUUGAUAGUGCCUCACCUGCUCGGCAUAGCCCUAGUCCUCGCAAAAGCCCUUCCCCUCGCAGGUCUCGGUCUCUUAGGGAUGAAAGUCCUGGCAGGCGCAGCCGUGAUCGACGGUCCCCAACUCCUCGUAGUGUUUCGCCUAGGGGACGUCCUGCUGAUUCUCGAAGCCAAUCCCCUCGGAAGUCGGAUGAUGAAUGAUUGUUGCGAGUUUCAUGGAAAUUCAUGGAGACAUCUUGAGUGGCGUACUUGUGGCUGUUAAGCUAAUAUGAAGACUCAUGAUUGCCGUGCAUGUUCUUAUCAGAAUGUUAAGUGCUAGUUUUGUUAUGUUCGGGAACAAUGACUGGGGCUUGAUAGGCAGAUGUUGAAUUAUGGCCGUUGAUGCUGUUCCUAAGUUGUAGAUGGAUGAUCGUGAUAUUGAUGCUGGUUGCAGCAGUAUGCUGGUUAUAGAAGUGUGAUUGUUUUAGCAGUAUGCGGGUUGCUGGGGGCUAAAUGUGUUAACUAAUUUUCUCUGGAUGAUACAUCUUUGAUGUUCUAGUUGCUGUGAUGGUUUAAAGACACAAGGUGAAGGUGUAUUUAGCUGUAGCUGAUGCUGCAGAUAUGAGAUGGACCUGUGAUUCAUUAACCGUGAUGUGGAUACCGAACUUGAGCUGCAAAUUCUAUAUGUGAGCCCUAAGUGCUGGUGUAAAUUUUGCAGCCAGAAUAAUGAGGCAUGGUAGUAAGUUUAUGAUUAAUAAUUUAUUAGGAUUUUUAGAGUUCAACAAUAUUUAACCCCAAUCCUCUAAGAUCAUAACUUCUGCUGCUUAAUGUAGUGAGAUGUUUUUAGCACAUGGGUCCAUGACUGUAGCUGUGAAGUGGUCGCUGAUGCCUGUUCUGUUCUAUUAUUGGUUCGUGAUUUACUUUGAAGUAUUAGAAUAACCACUGCUACCUGGCUUGGUUUGGGUUGGCAAUGGUACCAGCCGUUGUGGCACUGAUUAUGACUGCCUAGCUGUGUUGCUGGUCUAAAGAAUGCCUGAUAUUUCUGCUUUGUGCUGAUGGAUUUAUAGUUAUCUCACCUUUACAGGUUUUAUGCUAUGAAAAUUUGCCUCUAUGUUUGGUUUCUUGUCUCAAUUAUUUUUUCAUUUGAGACGAGAUAAUUUUAAUACUGGCGUUAUGAUAAUAAACAAGAUCACCUUUUACUUUCUCUUCAGGAUCUUGAUUGUGCUCCUUAGGGUUUUUCUUCAUAUGGGCCCUGAUAAUAUCAAAUGUAUUAUAUUUAGGAGCAUGACAUUCUCAUCCAUCUUGCGUGCUCUAGUGUUGGUUCUGCUUGUAUUUAUUGAACUUUUUUUCUACCUUGCUUGCCAUGCUUAUGCAUUGCCGGAAUCUGAUUAUUGUUUGUGAUUAAGGAGUUGGAAAUGGGUGUAGAGCUUGGUACAAACAAAGGCUCGAACCAAAGGUCAAGAGAAGGGGUUCCAGCUAGGAAUUGAGGUAAAGCCUUGUUAGUGAGGUAGGGGUGAUCCAUGUAAAACAGGGAGAAUGAUUGCUUUGAUGCAGGAGGGAAAGGGAAUGAACGACAAGGGAGCUGCAGCUAGACCAACAACAGAACAAAAGGGCUCCUCUUUCUAAGGGAGGGCGGUUGUAAAUGGCACUGGUCGAUCAAUCGAGGGAUCAACACCUAAAGAAAUCUUUAUAAGUGCAAAGGCAGCAAGUGUGGUGGAAUUGCAGGCAAAGGUUAGUAGUUGGGGAGGCUUGAGAGUACUGCCUCCAAGCAAGUAAUUGAGAAAAGAACCCCAAGGGGAAAAUAGGUUAGCUGGUAGGGCAUUACGGUUUGAUGAGGCUGAAUCCAGAGCUGGGGAGAGAUGUGCAACUUGUGGUACUUAGCUCGGUAAGCGCUUUAGGAAUGCUAUCUACGAGGGGGUUUGUGGAAUCGUCCUCAGAAUUAUUGCUUCUGCAGUGCAAGAGCCUAGCUCAGUUUCCUCAAGCCACAGUAUGCUAACACCAUGCAUGCUAGGACAUUCAUGUUUUGGAGGUGGGUUUAAUUUAUUUGCCAUGGCCAUAGCCUCAAUUUUCCUUCUGUUCAUGAGUUUAAAUAUUGGAACAAAACGCAUCACUCAAUAGCUAGGCAUCACGUUUUCUCGAGUGGAUGUGGCAACAACAUGUUCUUGUAUUUUAUUCAAAGGAUUUGGCUUAGGUAAUAUUGUAGAAGAAACUAGAGCAAAUCCUUAUUAAAAUGGCGCAAUCAUUUUCCCCUCGGCCUUGUACCUGACGGACGUUAACUGUUAUAUCAACCGAGGGGAAAAGAAUUGAAAAGCUCAAUAAUUACUAUUUCUUAUCAAUUGAUUUUGGUUCAACCAAAGAAUUGAAAA